AUGCGCCACAUACCCGCUCCGCCGUACGGCAUGCCUGGACUCAUACACGCUCUGUGGGUCCCUUACGAUGCGCGCGUUAGGCUCUUGGCUACCCUACGCUUCCUCCUCCCGUUUCUUCGUGCUGCCGUGAUCUGUACCUGGGCGGUCUCGGUCCCUUUCCGCAAUGUGGCUGCAGAGCGGACUUCUUCUUCUGCAACCCGGCGAACUUCCCGGUUUUCCCUGAAACGUGCAUCGCGAACCCCACCCGGCCACGAUUUCAGUUCUCGGGAUCCCGGCACGCCGCUGCAUGAUAAACACGGGUUCGCUUACCUCGCCGAGAUACUCGUCGGCAAUCAGCCCUUCAACGUGAUACUAGACACAGGCUCUGCGGACUUAUGGGUUGUGUCUGACGCAUGUUCGAACGCCGAUUGUCUGGCCGUACCCCGGUACCAUCGAACAUCGACAUUACACCUUUCCGGCGCACCUUUUGCGCUGAACUAUCUGAGCGGCAAUGUGAGCGGGCUAAUAGGCACUGAGACCGUCACGGCAGCGAACUACCAGGUCGCGUCUCAGACGUUUGCUCUCGCAAACAACACACAGGGCAUGAACCUAGCUGGCAUGGGACACAGCGGCAUCCUCGGCCUAGCCUUCCCCAUCGAGGCCGCUAUUUCUGCAACAGCCGGCCGGCCAUUGCUCUCCAAUCUGUUCGAUAGCUUCGAAGAAGACAGGCGGUUCUUCUCCGUGCGGCUGAGCAACGACGACCUCGAGUCAUCCUUCACGAUGGGAGAGCUCGACCCUCGCGCUUCUACUGCGAAGACCCUGGACGAUUUCUUCUACGUUCCCGUUCGCCCGCUUGCUAGCGGCGCGUAUGACUACUGGAAAGUGUCUGUGGAGUCUAUCGCGGUCGAUGGCGCUUCCGUCCGGCUCGGGUCCUCCAAGGUCCCAGGUUCCUCGAAACAAAUUGCCGUGCUCGAUUCCGGCACCACCUACGUGCUGGGUCCUUCUGCGGACGUGAAGAACUUCUGGCAUACAGUCGGUGGCGCGAGGCAAAUCUCAGGGUCGUGGCAGACAUUCUUCAUUGACCCGGCGGACGUCAGCCAGAUGAACGUCCAGCGCGACGGGGACUGGUGCAUGGGCGGGGUGCAGGCCAAUGACAAGGCACGUCAACUCUGGCGAUUGGCUCCUGGGGGACGCCUUUCUUCGUGCAAGUUUCCUUUCCGUUAUCCGCUGUGCGCGCUGUAUACCGGCUCGCUUACGCAACCGUUCUUCCCGCAGAGCGUGUACGCCGUCCAUCAUGGGCCCACAAGCUCGCAGCCACUCAGGGUCGGGCUGAUCAAUACCACCGAUCCGUCAGCAGCCCUGGUUGCGUUCCGCAGCGCGCGAGGACCGGAUCCGCUGCCUUCCGUGUCAACGGCUCACAUCGCUAGUGCUCGGCGAGUGGACCUUUCUGGCGCCGCGGGUGUCUACUUCAUCGCGCUGGCAGCGGGCUUGAUUAGCGGCGUUCUCGUCACGCUUACGAGCCUGAGACUGAGUCGUUCACGAUUGUUCAAGAAGCAUGUCAAGAAACAGAGAAUGUAG